AUGGGCCAGUUCACCAAGAGGCAGUGGCUCACGUUGAUCGUCAUCAGCAUUGCCGAUUUCGCCAACGCGGUCUGCGUCUCUCUACAGGCGCCUUUUUACCCCCAGGAGGCGGAGAAGAAAGGAGCCUCGGCGACGGAGUACGGACUGGUCUUCGGCAUCUUCGAGUUCGUCGUCUUCGUCAUCAGCCCGAUUUACGGACAGCACAUAAACCGGAUAGGACCGAAGCUGCUGUUCAACGGAGGCAUCCUAACGACCGGAACGUGCGCUAUCUUCUUCGGACUGCUCGACAAGGUCCAAGGCCAUUACCCCUUCAUAAUCCUGUCGUUCGUCAUUCGGAUAGUCGAGGCCCUUGGAAACGCGGCUUUUCUCACGGCUAGCUUCGCCAUAAUCGCCAAGGAGUUCCCGAACAAUGUCGCCACGACGUUCGCCAGUCUCGAGACCUUCUUCGGUCUCGGGCUCAUCGUUGGGCCCACCGUUGGUGGGGCUCUGUUUCAGCUGGGCGGUUACACGACGCCGUUCGCCGUUCUGGGCUCGGCGCUCUUCCUCGCCGCGGUGAUGACAGCCUUCGUCCUGCCCCAUCACGAGAACAACGAGGAGGACAACCACAGCAUCGAAGGGAAAUUCAUGAAGGUACUGAGGAUACCGGGAGUACUGGUAGCCACGGCAUCGAUCGUCGUCACGAGCAUGAGCAUCGGCUUCCUCCAGGCUACGCUCGAGCCCCACUUGCGCCAGUUCGAGAUGAGCCCCGUCGUCCUGGGCUUGAUGUUCGUCAUCAACGGCGGUACUUACGCUAUGACUGCGCCGGCCUGGGGCUGGCUCUGCGAUAAACACUCUACCCCUAAGGUGGCGACAAUAGCCGGCUGUACCCUGGUGAUGGUCGGCUUCGGCUUGAUCGGACCUGCCCCCUUCAUACCCUCGAACACGAUGAUCUGGAUGACGAUCUGCGGUCUGGUCAUUCACGGACUAGGAAUGGCUGCUCAGCUCGUCGCCAGUUUCACCGACGCCUUGAGGCUCGCCAUAUCGAACGGAUUCCCGAAUAAUCUCGACACUUACGGACUGAUCAGCGGACUUUGGACCAGUACGUUCGCUCUCGGGGCGUUCAUUGGACCGAGUGUCGCGGGUAUUUUGUUCGACAAUAUCGGCUUCAGGAACGCCUCCAUGUUUAUCGUCAUACUACACUUGGUCGUGGGCGUGACAGCGUUCGUCUUCGUCAUCUGCUGCGAUCGCGGCCCUAAGCCGUACACGGAGGUAAACCCAACGGACGAUCUGCGGGUCUCGAUGACCGACAGCGGCCGGUCUCACAGCACGAGUAUGGCCCUGGUGAACGGCAGCGUCGCCCGGGGUGUACCGAUCGACCGGCCAAGCGGUAUGAACAGUCUCAUCGCCUGCAACAGCUAUUCGAAUCGGGCCAGUGCUUGGCACAGAGCCUCCUUCAACGGCCGCUACUUGAACAGCUACGGCAGCUUCGACAACAAGCGCUAUUUUGAGAGGACUACGUGAGCUGCGCAAAAAAUAUGAUAAAUACACGGACGGACGGACGGACUAGACGUAUACCUAGACAUACCUUAUGCUAUACCCGUUAUACCAUAGAUAUAUACAACACCUGCUUAUAUCGCAAUACCGCCAAACCCAGCAAGGAGAGAGAAUGAAAGAUUUCCUUUUUUCGUCGCUUCUUCAUAUUGUAUACAUGCGCGCAUUCGCUGCUCGUUGUUAUUAUUAUUACUAUAUACACUACCGCUGAUAUAUACCGUUCGAACGUUUUUCUUUCUUUUUGGCGGGGGAGGGCUCUCAGCGCUGUUCCACGUUUCUCGUCCUUCCUGCUGCCCAUACAGUAUAUAUCUAUAUGUAUAUAUAUAUACACACACACACACACAUAAUACGUUAUAGGAGAGGCUCUUCUGCGAAUCGUAAAGGAUACAGUACCACGGACGAAUGCUCGGGCGGUCUUUUUUAUUUGUUUUUGUUUUAUUGUGUCUGGCCGUUGAACGUCAAAUGAAUGAUGCGCGUCGUGUACAUAACGCAGGAACACAGGUGGAUCUCUGGGGAUGCGUGAAAUGAGCUGCGGCUGGAAUUCGCAGAUGGAAAAAUAUGAGCGUUCUUCUGCCGAACCGGUAUGUAUAAAGGCCCUCGUGUCUCGUUUUGUAAUACACCGAAUUCCGUCUUUUAUUGCUAAAUUUAUUGCUAAUUCGUUUCGAUUCGCGGAAGCUUGAAAAUCACACUUUUAUAUAUCUAUUUACACAAUAAAAAGCGCAAACGUUCGUCCGGAAAAUAAGAGCCUGGUAUGUAUGCGAUUAUAAUCGAACGACAUGCGUUUGUGCGCUGCGAGGUGAAAUUGACGGUUCGAAAGUUUUAUACAUCAAAGCUCGCGCGGAUGCACGCGCGAGUACGUGUGUGUACAAUUUUCGGGAAAGUCGCUAGCUAGCUCGACGCACAUCAACGAUUCAUUAUGUAAUUUUCGAAAUAACCGCCGGGGAACGAGCGGGAUUCGAAUUUUCCCGCCGCGCGUUCUUUCAAACAUUGUACGCUGUGUAUAGAUGUGGAUGAUGCUUUUUGGUGUAUUUUUAGAGAAUUUUUUUUUUUAAUAACUAUUAUUAAUUUUACGUGUGAAUUGCACACGCACACACACACACACACAUACGUUUUACAUCGUAUAGCACGAUUUUGUAAAUAUAAGUAUGAUUUUAACUGUGAGCGGUUGGUAUCCGUUGGAGAUCACACACAGAACCUGCAAUUAUCUUACGUAAAAGGAGGCUAUAAAAAUCAAAAAAAGCACACGAUGCAUAUCCUGUGUGUAUCACUUAAUUUUGUAGAUAUAAUUUAAACACGCCUGUAUAUCCUUCUCCUCGUGUCUUUUUCUUCUCGCGUGUAACGGCAAUUUCGAGGAAAAUUGUAUCGGAUGAACGUCACAAAGUCACUACGAUCGGAAGAGAAAGUAUACGUGGAGAUUAGCGAAGAUCUAAUUAGUUUUACUGUCAUUUAUACAUGUAUACGAUAUUAUAUGGAUUUUAGUGUGGAUGAAUAUAAUGAAAUGUAAUACACCUAUUUAGGAUGGAUUUAUAAUUUAUUUGUAGCAGCACAAACGCGAUCACAUGUACGAUAGAAUAAAAUUGUUUUUAAAAACA